CCUGGAUCCAAACCUCACCGAUCGAUAUUCUCCCGCCAUUUACGGUCCUCACUAAGGGAACACAGCAGAAGCCAGUGGGGAGGUUCAUAGCAAAGCCAGUGACCCUGUUUGCGUUCCCAAACGCCGCAACCCCGGGAUGUGGCUUGGAGCUCGCAUUCAGUGUCAACUUCACCUUCGCUCUCAUGCCCCAGCCUGGUUUCACUGCACCCAGCAGCUUCGCGUUUGUGAUCGCAGCAAAGGCCAAGGCAGGAGCCGCUGCUCGUGUGGGAUAUGGAGGAGCGGGGACUGGAAGCAUAGCCGUGGUUUUUAACAUGGAUGGAAGUAACCAGCAAGUGGGGUUGAGCAUCAAUGGGGGGGAGGAGCCCUUAGUAUCAGAACCAUCGACAUUCACGCUCACGGAUGGCUAUGCAUAUAAGGUCUGGGUGGACUAUGAGCCUGGGGAUCCCGGCACGGAAGGGCGCAUUCGGGUGUUUCUGGCUGGCGCUGAUGGAAAGCCGGUGGAGCCACUGCUGCAGGAGAGACUGUCGCUGUGUGCGGUGCUGCAGGGUGGGGUAAAGCAGCAGGCGUUCUCGUUUGGAUUUACAGUGUCCACUGCUGUGAUGCCCUUCCAGCUGCAUGGCAUUCUCUUCUCCUCUGUGCAAACAGGCUUUAGGUCAACCAACCCCAAGCCAGUACCGGUCAGGGAUCAAGCCCUUGGCCUCUCAUUAUCAGAGGCUACAUUUGCACCGUCUCAUGCGAGCCCCUUUCCGCGGUAUGUGAGCUCGGACUUCGAGCUUACCAAAACGAAAGCUGACUCGUGGAGAAUCAGUGACUUGACGACGUGGGACUCUGUGGACUUCCUCAAAUGGCCUGUCAAGAACCAGCAGGACUGCCAUGCAUGCUGGGCAUAUGCAGUGGUGGCAAGUGUGGAAGCCGCAUACGGCAUCGCAAAGUGGGGCGCCGCUCCCCAGCUAUCAGUGGAGGCUCUCUUCGCCCUCAUGGGCCUCUCCGACUCCGACAAGUGCUCUGCUGGCGGCUCCCCCACUGAAGCCUUUGAGAAGCUCGUGGCUCUCGAUGCCACCAGUGGGCUCACAGGGGACAGUGACCCGGUAGGCGGAGCAGAGUACGGUCAUUAG